UACAACAGAGACAGGCAGAAGCUGGAGGACAGGCUCGCAGCUCAGCAGAGCCAAUUCGAGGCCGAAUUGGACGAGAGAGAAGGCGAGCUGGGGAAGCUGAUCGAGCAAGAACGGGUUGUCCAUGAAAAGGAGAUGGAAGGGCAACGCGCUGCCCACAAGAGAGAGCUCCUAAGACAGGAGAACGAACACAAGAGGAACUUGGUGGAUUUGCGAGCUACGGUAAAGAAUCUCGAGGGCGACUUGGUGGAUAACUCGGACGAUUUCCGGCCGGCCUCGGACGACGCUCUCAAGGUCCGGUUCAAGGACAUCAAGCUCACCAUCGAGACUAUCACGUCCCCCUUCAACAUUCGCGCCACCACCAUCCCAGAGGGUGUUGAUCCGGACGGGUUCUUGGUCCGCGAGAGCAAAAGCAAGCUUUGUUUCUUGCUGAGAAGUAUCGUUUGGAGUAAGCUCGUUGACGGUUUUUUCUCGUCCCCCUUUGGAUUUGGUGCCCUUGGGACCGGGGAUGGGGCGAGAAUGCUGGUCGCACUUUACUCGUCGUGGCGGAGGCUGUUUGAUGCGGCAUCGCUCGCCGCGCCGGAUUCUUACCCCCGGGAGCAGAUUUUCGAGCGUUUCCGCACUGACAAGGAAGCCAACAAGUGGAGGUCGUCUACAUUCCAGUCCAUUCUCAUGACGGUGCAUCCCAAGGGCCAGAAGAAGGGUGUGUCAGGGGCGGAAGCAGUACGUCCCUACGCGGAUAACUGUAACAGAGUGCAAAGCGAGAUUCUCGACUUGUUCGUCAAGGUCAUUGGCAGGGGCGCGGCUGAAGAGCUUGAGAUCAAGGUCGACACGAUUGUGAGUUUGGCGAGUGAGCUCGCGCUCGAGUUUGGGUCGCAGAGAGCACAGCUGGGCCUGCAGAUGCCCAACAGGGGCGAGUCGAUCCAGAUGGGGCCCGACUUUGAGGACUGCGAGGACGGGGCGGGGACACACGGGACGAUCGAGGAGGUUGAUCUUGCCAUCUCACCAAAGCUGUACCGGAUCGGCGACGGGAGGAACGAUCUCACGACACGCAAGACCAUUGUGGCCGGCGAGAUAUACCCCCUUCGAUCUUGA